GCUACCGGCCAGCCAGUGGGGAGCGGGCUGUGCGGGAAGGCGGCUGCGAGAGGCGUGUGAGGUCGGCGGACAGGAGGCAGUGGGCCCGUAUCGGCUCACGGAAGCUGCUGAGGCCGGGGUGAAGGCCGAGCCGAGCGGCCGUGUGGAGUCGCUGAAUAUUAGAAAUGGCUACUCCCCAAUCAGUUUUCAUCUUUGCAAUCUGCAUUUUAAUGAUAACUGAAUUAAUUUUGGCUUCCAAAAGUUACUAUGAUAUCUUAGGUGUGCCAAAGUCGGCCUCAGAGCGCCAAGUCAAGAAGGCCUUUCACAAGUUGGCCAUGAAAUACCAUCCUGAUAAAAAUAAAAGCCCUGAUGCUGAAGCAAAAUUCAGAGAGAUUGCAGAAGCAUAUGAAACUCUCUCAGAUGCUAAUAGGCGGAAAGAAUAUGAUACACUUGGACAUAAUGCUUUUACUAAUGGUAAAGGACAAAGAGCUAGUGGAAGUCCUUUUGAGCAUUCAUUUAACUUCAAUUUUGAUGACUUAUUUAAGGACUUUGAUUUUUUUGGUCAAAAACAAAAUACUCGGUCCAAGAAGCAUUUUGAAAAUCACUUCCAGACACGCCAAGAUGGUUCCAGUAGACAAAGGCACCAUUUCCAGGAGUUUUCUUUUGGAGGUGGUUUGUUUGAUGACAUGUUUGAAGAUAUGGAGAAAAUGUUUUCUUUUAGUGGUUUUGACACCACCAACAAUCGACAUACAGUACAGACUGAAAAUAGAUUCCAUGGAUCUAGCAAGCACUGUAGGACUGUCACUCAACGAAGAGGAAAUAUGGUUACUACAUACACUGACUGUUCAGGACAGUAGUUGGUGGUUUUUCUGUUCUCAUUAAACCCAAUUAGGUGACUCCUCUUCAAUAUCUUUGAUGCAGAAAGAAUUUUUUUGUGAACUAUUUUGACAAGUGCAUGAUUUCACUUAACUUAAUAUAGCUGUUAAAUAUAUUUAAAUUGUUUUUGACAAUUCAGCAACAUUUAAUUAGGAGAACAAUAGCUAAUUAAUUUCCCUGAUUAGACAAGGUUCUUUAAAAAAAGAUACUAUAAUUCUGCCUGGUCUUUUUUUCUCUACUUGUCCUUGGGCUUAUUAACAUGACCAGUUUAAGGAAAGAAUUGACUUUGCCUGAUAAAUAUUUAAAGAUUAAACUUUAAAAGAUAUUCUAGAUUUAAAUUAUGUGAACAUGAAUGAUUUUUUUUGAGUGAAACCUUUGCUAAUUUAAAAUUGCAUGCUCUGUAGCAUCUCGGACUUAGGUUGCAAAAUGUAUGUGAAACUGUAUAAUUCAGUUCAGCAAAGGAUGGCAAGCAGUAUCUUGUUUAAUUUCCACUGAAAGCUUGAGAAAAGUAUGGUUUAAUAUUUACCACAGAACCAUGCAGAAGAAUUGGAGUAAAGGAAAUGAUUGUGUUUCUCAUAGUUUUUAAGACCAAAAGAAAGUUGAAAACUUAAAUAUUGCCAAGAGAUUGUUACCUGUUUGAUCCCUGGCUGAUGAUUUUGUAGUGUUAAAGUCAUAGCUGUUUUACACAUCUUUUCACAUUUCUUUCUUUCUUGUUGGCCCUCUAGGUCUUAGUGUGAAUUUAUGUAUUUUUUUGUGUGUGUGGUUUUUCUUCUUUGCACUCAUCUUUAGAGAUUGACUAAUACCUCAUUCUGUUUAUAAAAACAGCCAGUAAUUUCUGUGCAACCUUAUUAUGUGCAAUAUUUUUAAAUCCUAAGAAAUGUGUGCUUUUGUUUUCAGAUGGACUUAUUUCUUUAGUUCUGCACUUGUUCCAUGUUGUACUCCAUAUGAGUACUAAUCCUAUGGAUACAUAUUAAAACUAGUAAAUAUCUCAUACAGCUUUGUGAGUGAGAGAAAUAUAAUAUUUACAAUAUGA